AUGUCGUUCAUGCCGCGUCGGGCCUCGGCACCGCUGCGUCGUCACCGCUACAGCUCCGUGCUGGAGAGCGCUCUGGUGGGUCUCGGUCGAGAGGACGCCGUGGUGCUGUCGACGCGCAAGCCGCGCAAGAAGUGGCGCUUGGACGCGUACGAGAGCCCUCUCAAAAGAGGAUUGCGGAAGACUUUGAGCGCGCCGGCGCAGUGUGUGGGCGUUUCUAUGCAUAGAAAUCCCGGGACAGAAAUUUCUAAUGGAGACGAAGACGAUCCGUUUGCGCACUUGAAGCUGUUGGUGACUUAUAAGAAGGAGAAGAAGAAGGAGACGAAGAAGAGGAACCGGCAGGAGAGGGAGACGGUGGCAGUAGCUUCUCCAGCUGUGACGAGAAGUGCGACCAAGCUGAAGAAAGAGAGACGACGCACGAGAUGCUGUGCGGGUGUGUUGGAGCUGGUGGGACGGGCGACGCCUGUGACGAGAUCCAUUUCUCAGAGGAAGAAGCGAGAGUGGAAGCGCAGCAGUCUCGAGACGAUUGAAGACUUGGGGGUUAGUGAAGAAGAAAAUGAAGAAGAUGAUGAGGACGACGUGGUUGUUCAGAAGAGGCUUUUUCAGUCGCCAGAGGUGAAGAAGAAGAAGAAGAAGAAGAUGAUGAGGAAGAGAGUGGAGGCAAACGAGAAGAGAGUGCGAUGUGAUGGAGGGCGGGAAGAAGGUCACCGAGUGACGCGCAAGGCGGUGGUGCUGGAGCACUGGUAUGUCGAGUGGCCGCCCGUGCUGGAGAAACAGGGUGGAGGAAAUGCUGAGAGAGCGCUGCUCGUGCUGUCAGGACGCGUCAAUGGCGAGUUCGUGCAGCUUACGGUUGAGAAACGCAAAGAAACGACCAAGUUCACAUCCAUGGAUGGCAAGUACGUGGUGUUGUCGGGCAACUUGGAUCGGGAUGCUGCCAAAAGUGCAGGCAUGCCAGUUGCGGCCAUGGAGCUGAUGGACGAGGGUAUUCCGGCAUACUUUUACAAGCAUUUGCUUCCGUUUGUGCAAAGGUCGCGCGAUAUGACUAAACAUAGCAAGGCGGGAUCAAAACCAAGAGCAGUGAAGAAGAAAGCUCCAGAUGCAGACAUAGACAGCUCGCCGAUGCCUGUGAGCGAAGAAGAAGUCGAUCCGGAGGUGGAACCAACCGACGCUAUGAGCCCGGUCCGACCUGACACGAAGCCUAGGAAGGUUCCCGCUUCUACUUUGUCUAAGGUGAAAAAAAGCAGUGCAAAGAGUGAGGAUUCGAAGUCUGAGGCAGAGGUAGAUGGCUGGACAACGGAACAGCAGGAAGCUUUGAUCGAUGCGAAGCUGAUAAUUCCAACGACUGCCUCGAACUUUUGGGCACAGGUGGCACAGCAUGUGCCAGGGAAGUCGGCAGCAGACUGUCAAGCAAAAACGUUCGAGCAGUUUCGAUCCCCGCCAACUGACCGAAAAGCAGCGAAGAAAGCGAUCAAGCGAGCUAGUGCUGAACCGCGUACAGCUGUGCCAAGUAAGAUCGCCCGCGCUGGUUCGAACAAAUUCAAAAAGCAAGUUCGCGAGUUUGUGGAAGAGUACGAGAAGAAGCACGUGGACGAUCUGUUUGAAACAACUCCAUCCAAGGAAGGUUUACCGGAGCUACCCGAGUUCGAUUCAAUCAAGUCACCUGAGCUGGGGACACCGUCGCGUAGCUUUGACGAAGACGAUUCGGAAAUGGAUGAGCCACUAGGACGGCUAGAGAAAUUGAGCUCGCGUAAACGUGAUGAUAUCGAUUCGUACGUCCUGGGCAUCAACCGCUUACACGUUGCUGGUGGUGGAGAGAUGAAGCGUGGCAAGGUGCGCCGCUUAACAUCCGCGGUCCCCGUAGCAUCGGAAACAAAAGCCAUGUCCACCAAGAAGAAGGCCGUGGAAUUUGUGGAAGAGGUUGGAUCGCGCUCGUUGAAAUGUGUUCUGAGUCCAGGGGGAACAACGCACGUUCGCCUGGAAAAGGGUGACAGUUCGUCAGAGGAUGAAGACGAAGUCGAUUGCCGAAGCAGUGAAGAAGACGAAGAAGACUUCGAUGUGCCGUAG